GGACUGACUUAACGGAUUUGUUUUGGACGCGGCGUUAGAGACAGAGCUGGGCAUAUUAAUUUGAAAGCUGUGUUGUCUUUUGGUCGCUUACAUUCUUACAGCAGCAUAUCAACUACGAUGAGCUUGUCAUUAAGGACUGAACUUGCUGCGGAUAGAACUAAAAGGAAAAAGAGAAGGGAAUUGACCGAAGAACAGAAACAAGAAAUAAAAGAGGCAUUUGAACUCUUCGACACCGACAAAGACCGAGAAAUAGAUUAUCAUGAAUUAAAGGUUGCAAUGAGAGCAUUAGGAUUUGAUGUAAAGAAAGCAGAUGUAUUGAAGAUACUCAAGGAUUAUGAUAGGGAAGGAACUGGAAAAAUAACCUUUGAAGACUUCACUGAAGUGGUCACUGACCGUAUUUUGGACAGAGAUCCCCGGGAGGAGAUUCUGAAAGCGUUCAAGUUGUUCGAUGACGACGAAUCGGGGAAGAUAAGCCUGAGAAAUCUGCGGCGUGUUGCCAGGGAGCUCGGCGAAAACAUGAGCGAAGAGGAGCUACGUGCGAUGAUUGACGAAUUUGACACUGAUGGGGAUGGGGAAAUAAGCCAAGAAGAGUUUAUCUCUAUAAUGACUGGGGACUCGUAAGAAGGGAAGGGUGGACGAAGACAGUGCUGGUGAAAAGCGGACUAAUGUGUUUGCUGGCUGACUGAUUGACCUGACAGGAUGUCUGUACACUUGGUGAAAGCCAACAUGAUGUUUUCCAGCUUUUCACAAGUUUUCUUCAUUGGUGACAGUUUUAGGCUUUUAUCAACACAAAGCCAUGACCAAAUGUAUGUUGCUGCCCUGAAAGUGUAUUUUAAAAAAAAGAAAAGUUUAUUUUCUUGCAACUAUUGUGUUGCACUGAUCACUGUCACAUUUGAUUAAUUGGCAUUUAACCAUACCAUAUGGCCCUGGCUUUAUGCAAAGUGAAAUUUAAACAUUAGUUCUUCAUAUACUACAUUUUUAAUUUUACCUUAUUUAUACACAGGUUAUGUUUGGUUGUUAUUUUCUGUGAAAGUGUAAAUAUCUAAAUUGAAUUGAUAUACAUUAUAGAUGUCAUUUUGAUGUUUGGAUGCCCCUUAAAAAUCUAAUGCAUACCGUAUCUUGUGAUUUUGAAUGAUUAGUGAUUUAUUUUCUUGGGUUUCAUGAUGUUAAUAUCUUGUUAAGUGAUAAUAUUUAAUAUAUUUUGUAUUUUUGCUAGAUGAUAUGUUGUACGUGUGCAUAUUAAAUACACUAUUCUGAAUAUCA